AAAACCUGGGGAAAACUGAGGAAGUCGUCCCUUUUCGUGUACCCUUCCUCUUCGCCAUCUAUGUCGCGGCCGCUCCCCCCGAUGCUCUCCGUGCCGGAGAAGAAGACGGCCGCCGCCGAGCUCUUUCGCGACCGCCACUUCUUCAACUCCCCCGUCUUCACCGAUCUCCGCGACGCCCGCGCCUCCGUCUCUGCCCCGAACCCCCAAACCCAGCCCCCCUCCUCCAGCCGCGCCCUCCUCCUCCGCUACCACCGGCUCCUCUCCUCUGCGCGGGACGACCCCUGCGCCUUCGACGACAACCUAGCCUUCACCUGGCACGAUGCCUUCAGGCCCAACCUCAAGAACACCUCCGCGUCCCUCCGGUUCGAGAAGGCCGCCGUCGUGUUCAACGUCGGCGCGGCCUCCUCGAGGAUCGCUGCGGCCGUGGACCGGGCGGCGGAGGGAGGGGUCAAGGAGGCUUGCGGGGAGUUCCAGCGCGCGGCGGGGGCGUUCCGUGCGGUGGGGCAGAUGAUGGAGGGGGAGGAGGGGACGGUGGAUAUGAGCCCGGAGGCCGCGGCGAUGCUGGAGCGGCUCAUGCUCGCGCAGGCGCAGGAGUGCUGCUUCGAGCGCGCACUCGCGGCCGGAACGUCGCCGGCGGCGUGCUCCAAGGUGGCCAGGCAGGCUGCCUUGUACUACGAAGAAGCGUAUGCUGCACUGGUUAUCCCUCCAUUGCAGAACCACUUUGAAAGAUCAUGGUUGUCUCACGUCCAGUUGAAGGCUGCUCAAUUCAAUGCAGAAGCUUGCUAUCGGUAUGCUAUUGAAUUGCAUGACAAGAUGGAAAUUGGCGAGGAGAUAGCUCGACUGCAGUUUGGGAUUAAUGCAGUUGUUGAUGCCAAGAGAACUGCCAGGGGAGCUCCCGCUUCCCUUUAUGAUUCUGUUUCCAGGCUAGAACAAGAUAUGAACCAGAACUUGGAGAAGGCAGUGAAUGAGAACAACCGCAUCUAUCUUAUGAGAAUUCCAGCAGCCAAGUUGUUGUCUCCCUUGCCAUCAGCUUCACUUGUCCGGUCUGCUUCCAAGAGUGAGGUCUUGGAUGCAAAAGCAGAAACUGGCCUUUAGUCCUCAUAACUGAAUGCCUUGACAUUGUGAAAUGAAGCAAUGGCACACAUCCUGUGCCGCUGUUGCAUGCUAAAGAGUGUCUGCUGCAGCAGAGAUUAUCGGAAAGUCUCGUAUAGUCGUCGUGUAUCUAGGGUGUAGCUACAAUGUGUGUUGGCAUGUCAAGCUAGGACCGUUCUAGUUGAACCUUGAGAAAUGCUUGGUAGGCUGUUGCUGCUGGAAUCACUCAGGCUUCUGUGAUACUCCUUUUGUGCCGUAAUGAAAAGUUCAUCUGCUGUCA